AUGCGGACUCGACAGUUCUCCACACAGCCAACAGGGAUCGCCGCGGAGCCAGAGUCGAUGGAAGCUCGUCGCAAAAUACAGCGAAGCGAUACGUUGGAUCUCCUUCUCACCACAACAGCUGGUGCUCGCUACAACUUCUCUCUUCAGUUCGCGCAACGUGAAAUAAUUCCGAACAGAAGCUCUGGACGCAGCAGCUCGCGGUUCAAGUCACGACACAACACGAUCCGCAACACAAUCCCACAGCUCGUGCAGUCCGACAAACUCAUGAGCUCGCUCCAAGAAAAACCUGCAGCUCGCUCCAAGAAGCACCCACAACUCGCUCGGAAGAAGAUACUGGAUCUGAAGAGCCGCAAUAGCUCGAGAUUCGAAAGCUCGCCCGUGAAAUCAAAAUGUGACCUAAAGACCUAG